AUGUGCCCAACAGAUUUAGCACCUGAGCUGGAGCAGCUGCAACGUAACUGCAUCGACGAUUUGGUUCGCACAGCUUGUAACUGGGAAAAUCCAUCGGGCUCGGCCGCAUUAGAUACCAAUAUAAUGCACUUAUUUGCAGCCUUGAAUCGAAUACAUCGAAAAAGCGGCAGCGAAGAGCGGAGUUUUCCAACUAAAAUCCCAUUGUCGCCAAAAACAUCGGAUUCAUUAUCAGUUAGCACACUUCCGUCGACAACAGCACCACCACCAUCACUGCUAAAUCAACCAGCAGCAACGUCAGAAGCGCCAACAAUAGGACCGAUUAAAGAGCUUUUUUCACAGCAGCUUCGAAGGCUUCGGCACCAUCGAGAGGGUUUGUUGAUCUAA